AGCUAGGCAGUGUGGCUCCUACAUCAGCAUCGCGUCCCUGCUUUUCCCCUCCUCACCUACAACUACUCUCCUUCCCAGUCCAUCUUUGGCCUUCCGUCCAGUCCACUACUGAAGCGUUUUCGUCGCUCAACUACAGCUGAUUCCAUCGCUCAACCCCGCCUCAACACAAACAUCAGCUCGUACACUGAAAAUCGUACCACGUAGCCAACAUGACGCUCUACUAUAGUCUUGUCUUCCUCCUCCUGGUGGCGGAGAUGGUUAUCUUCAUGGCCCUAAUCGUCCCUCUGCCGUUCACCUGGCGUCGCAAGCUCUUCACGCUCAUCUCGGAGAGCCCGAUAAUAGCGAAACUACAAUAUGGCAUGAAGAUUACUUUCAUCUUCAUUUUGAUUCUUUUCAUUGACAGCGUCAACCGCGUCUAUCGCGUCCAACUCGAGCUCUCUAGCUCAGACGACUCAGGUCGUGGCGGCAGAAAUGCUAGCCUAGGCGGCAUCGAGCGUAUGGAGGUCCAGGCCCGCAAAUUCUACUCGCAGCGCAACAUGUACCUCUGCGGCUUCACCCUCUUCCUGUCCCUCAUCCUCAACCGUACCUACGUUCUGAUCGUGGACGUUCUCCGACUCGAAGAGGAGGUCAAGACCCUCAGGGGUGACCCGAAGGGCAAGAAGGGCACGUCCGCGAAAGAUAUUGGUGGUGUUGGUGAAGUGGGUGCGCUCAAGGAGGAGCUCGCUGCCAAGGACCGUGACAUGGAGAACCUAAAGAAGCAGGUUGAGAACAUGCAGAAGGAAUACAACCGCAUGGGCGACCAGGUCUCUGGCAAGGCUUUGUAGACGGAGACAGGCAACAUGGAGCGGACACGGCACAACAAGCUAUCUGCGACGCUGACAUGAUCAAGUUCGUGCAGCGUAAAUUUAGUGUGUCCGCAAGAGGGCCUGUCACGCAAGGAUCGUAUCUUCGAGCGUUACGAUGAUGGAUAGAAGGAGAUGUAGACGAUACGUAUAUGAUUGUAUCAUUAUGUUCUGGUCACCAUAGCGUGUUAUGGCUGGAGUUGGUAUUCAAGUGAGCAAAAGCAUUGUUUAAGCUCUAGGAAUUGUAGCUUGGUAUUGACACAUGAAUGUU